AUGGCCUCCACCGAAGUUUUGCAUAUGACUUCGCCUCUCUCCCCUCUUCCUCGCUACUCUUCUUCUCCACGCCUGGACAUGAACCGUCGGAGUCAUAAUCCUUACCAUCGCUUCCUCUCUCCUUCUCCUUCUCGUCCCUCGCUCCGACAUCAAAGAUCGUCCUCCGUCCCGUCCGUCUACUACAACGGGAUGCUCGAACAUUUUCCCAUGGAGCAGCCGAGGAGGCGAGAGUAUCCGACAUAUCACCAUAGCCACCAUCACCAUCACCACCAACAACCUCGUCGGCAACACACGAUACGCUCAGGACGACGUCAGACCCGAUUCCCGCGUGACUCACUCCUCGUCAAUCCUGAUAUCAUCGACCGUCUAGAUGACGCGGGUAUUUAUCAAUACCACCACGAAGGUCCCUACGACGCUGUCUACCCGGAAAGAAAUCACGACACCAAAGUGAGUCCCGUCGAAGCGCUUCAGACGUCAAACGCAGAGGCUCUCAAAGCCACCCCGUCCGACAAAAUCCGCGACUGUCUCGAUAGCCACCGUCCGCUAGAUGGAGUGGCUUAUUUCCCUCCCGGACACACCGACAGGGAAGGCCAAACCUAUGAAUACGAGGAGGGACCCAACAUGAUGAACGACUAUGGAAAUUUUAUGCGCUGUCCCGGAUUGAAAUUUACCGAUGAGGAUUUCAAAAACGAUCCAUUCUACAACAAACCUCUUCCCAAGCCAUUUGCCUCGAUCCGAAAGGUCUUGAACUUCCGCCGCCGACGGGGCACGACCUGA